AUGCCAAAGAACAAGAAAGCAAAAACAAAAACAGAAGAUAAACCAAAGUCAAAGCAGGUGAAAGAAGAAGGCAAAGGGAAGAAAGAUGAAGGUAAAAAGGAAAGGGAAAACAAAUCAGAUGAGGAAGAAGAUACAAAUAAAGGUGCAGAGAGGAUAAAGGAGGAACAUGAAGAAAAAAGUAAAGAAGCAGAGAGGAAAAAAGAGGAGAAGCUCCAGAAACUUGCAGAGAAAAAAGCAAUGUUAAAGGAAAAGAAGAAGAAAGAGAAACUUGAACAGAGGAAAGCAGAAAAACUAGCUGCUGAGAAAGCUAAAGCACUGGAGAAGGAAAAGGAAAAACAACGUGAGAAACAGGAACGGGAAAAAGAGAAGGAGAAGCUGAGAGCAAGACAAGAAAGAGAGAGGGAAAAGGCAAGGGAAAGAGCUGAAAGGGAAAAACAGAAAGAAGAAGAAAGAAAAGAAAGAGAAAGAAGAAAAUCAACACCUCCUACAGUGGAAGAGAUAUUGGACAAAAUGAAUUAUGAUCUUGUGAUGUCUCUGACUGUCGAGGCCCCUGAUGUGCCGAAAUGUUUAAAAAUAAUCACUCAGAUCUCGGAGAUGGAGAUAAACCCAGAUAUCAUAAAGAAAAACCCCGACAUAGUUCAAACCAUUAAAAAGAUACGAAAUUACAAACAGAAUUCCAAAGUGCGAGAAAAAGCGAAUCAACUGUACGCGUAUUUUAAAUCACUGUUUAGCAUUUCUGGAUCAGACUCGAGAAGAGAAAGUACUUCACUUGAUAUUUCCUUAGUGGAAACGAACGAGAGAACGGAACAGAUUAGGGUAGACGACACGCAGGAAUUUAAUAAAAUUAAACAAGAGACAUCUACAGAACCCCACAGCACCCCUACUGAGAAUGGUGGUGACCACCCCGUCCCCUCCAUCGAACUCAAACUCGAGGAUAGUGGACACAACAUCGAACAAACUUCAACGGAAGACAAAACUUCACUUGAAAACAAUACGAUAAUGGACGAUCUUACUCCAGAACCUGCCGAGGUUGUUAACGAUCCCACGGCCAAUUUAUCACCGUGUGAUAUGGAGAUAUCAAGCCCUGAUUGAACAACACUAUUAUUUUGCGGAUGAUAUGUUUGAUAUGUUAUGUUGAGUAACUCCGAGGAGAUGAUCAUGUGGUAUAUUGCUGGCCGAGAUAACAAGUCUGAAGACCCAAGAUAAACUGCGACGCCUGUUUUUAACAGAAUAGAAUCUGAUCAUAUGUUUUAAGAUUUCGUCCAUUUUGAUGUCGCGAGGCUUUCGUCGAAUGAGAUUCUCCCAGUUUAACGUUUUGUUCCAAAUAUUGGCACAUCGUAGACUAUGGAGCUGGAGUAGCUUAAUGUCUAAACCAUCUCUGUUCUCGAAUUGCAUCAUUUUUAAUCUCUGUAUGUUGUUUUCUGAGUCUCUUGCUACUCUUUUACAUCAAUUGUAAUAUUAACUUUAUGAACGUAGACACCGAAAUGUUAUUAUAGCGCAUGUCAGAAGAGUUAGGACGCUGGUCAUCUUAA